UAGAAAUUAGUAGGAAGUAUGAAAUAGUUUCGUUUUGUACACGGUGCUCGCGACAUAAUAGUUAUAGUUGAUUGAUGUUUGACAAAUAGGGGCUCGUCGCGGUACGGCGGGCGUGUCGAACUAAAUCUACGUCGGACUUCGCACGAUAAAGAGAAUAAACAUCAUCUAAGAUGGUGGACAAAAUGUCCAGGUACAAGUAUGCACCGCUGCUGGUGUUCCAAAUAUUUCUUAUGGUGUUAUAUAUCGUCUUCACGACCUAUGGCGGGGAUAAAGAAGUUAAUGUUAGAGGCUUCGAAGACACCCAUGUAAUGAUAUUCAUCGGCUUCGCUUUUCUCAUGACCUUUCUGAAGAAGUAUUGCUACAGUGCUAUAGGAUUCAACUGGUUCUUAGCAGCGUUGGUGAUACAAUGGGCUCUGCUAUGCCAAUCCUUCUUCCAUAUGAAAGACAACACGAUUUUUAUCACGAAGAAGAGUUUGUUGGAGGCUGACAUUAUGUCAGCAACUGUUCUCAUCACUUUUGGAGUCCUAUUGGGGCUGGCGAGUGGAACCCAGUUGCUGUUCAUAGCUAUCAUAGAAACGGCAGUCGGAUGUAUCAAUUUGUACCUUAUGGAAGAGGUUUAUAAGGUAUCUGACAUCGGAGGUUCCAUAGCUAUUCACACGUACGGUGCAUACUUUGGCCUGGGAGUGAGCACGGCUAUGAGAAUGAGGAAGCCUACGGGACCCGACCCACCGGGAACAGUUCGAUUGGAUGGACCCAGCUAUGCUUCUGAUGUUACUUCUGUUCUUGGUUCCAUCUUCCUAUGGAUAUUCUGGCCAUCAUUCAACUCCGGUCUGGCAUCCAGUGACAGCGAGCACCAAAGAGCUGUCAUCAACACUUAUUUGGCUUUAGCUGCUGCUACGGUGACAACCUUCGUGCUCUCAGCAAUGGUGAACCACAAGCCAGGGAAGAUAGAAAUGGAGCAUGUUCAGAACUCGACGCUCGCUGGUGGCGUGGCCGUCGGUGCUGUAGCCAAUAUGUUCAUAUCGCCAGGAGUCGCGAUCGCUAUUGGUAUCGGAGCUGGUUUUGUUAGUGUGUUUGGAUAUAGAUAUUUAUCGCCGAAAUUACAAAACCUCGGUAUACAAGAUACAUGUGGUGUCAACAACCUUCACGGCAUACCUGGAGUAUGCUCCGGUCUUCUGUCAGUCCUGUUCGCGGCUUUGGCCACUUCAGAAAUCUAUGGCGCUGAAUAUGCUGACAUCUUUCCAGCUAUUGUCGAGGAUGGGAGAUCGCCUGCCAACCAAGCACUGUAUCAACUGAUUGCACUUGUGACAACUUUAGUUCUAUCAUUCGGAACUGGAUUAUUAACUGGUUUCAUAGCGAAGAUUGGUUUGUUCACGCCACUGGCGGUUCACGAGCGAUACGACGACGAACUGAAUUGGGAUCUACCUUAAAUUAACAUGACAAUGAUGCCUUUAUUUAGAAAGCUUUCAGUUGUUAACCUCAUGAUUUUCAAAUAGUAGCAGAUGAAAAUAGGGAAGUAGCUAUUGUUUUCCUAAAAAAGAGUUGAAAAUCGGACUUGUUAAUUUUGGGAUUUAGUCAGUACUUUUAUUGUGUAAACAGACAAACGUUUAUGUAUUUGAUCAAUUACAGUGAUGAAAGUUAUAAGUAGGUAUAUAGAUUUGUGCAUGUCAAUGACGAUAGAAGAUUGUAAGUAUGCGUCCUGAAAUUAAAGAGUCUAAGAUAUUUUUUUGAUAGGUAGUAGGUGCAAAAUUAUUUACUGUCCUAUUCACUCUGGUGUGUUUAGAUCAUUUUGCAUUCUCAGUGUACUCUACACAAAAGCAAAGCAAUUUUUUUUUUUUCAAAAAAAUUAUAUUUAAUUAUUUGUAUAAUUUAAAUAUAUAGUCUAAAUGUUAAUGGUAUAGCUGUAGUGUAUAAGAAGUCUAUUUAAUUCAGCUUCGUGUGUAAUAUAGGAUGUUAUUACUAUGUCUAAGAAGUUUUUUACCAAUUUUAUUAAUAAGUCAACCAUAGAUAUUGUUUAAACAUAUUUCUCUGUUUUUAGUCAUAGUUUAACAAAUUAUACUCGUAUUUUAUUUAUUGUAAUUGUAAAUAUUGUUUUUCUCAUUAUUUUUGUUCCAAUAUUUGAUUAUUUUUUAUUUUAUACACAUUUUUGUUAUUAAUUAUAAAUAAGAUGCUAUUAAUUUUAAGCUCUUUUAAUUAUAGUUAAUCCUUACGAAAUACUAACAUUUUCCUUCACGAAAUACAUUUUUUUAAAUGAAAGUAAGAAUUAAUCAAACACUGGAUGUUGCUAAAAUAAGAAUAUUACAAGAAACAUACUCGUAAAACAGUAGUUAACCAAGAGUUCGAUAAUCAAUGGGUAUUAAUUAAUAUACGUUUUCUUAAAAUAGCUCUCUGCAAUAGGCUCUUAUUAAUUACUGGAAAUAAUAAUCUGUUGUAGAACCGUUGCAUCUGAAAAUGUACCUUCAUAUGUUAGGUUUAAGAGCUAUUUUUCAAUAAAUUGUUAUACUUCAAUAAAUAUAUUGGUUUAAAAGCGA